UUUCUACAACCUCAAAAAAUUAAAAUAAUUUAAAGGUGUUUGUUUUGGAGCUUUGGCAACGUCUUGCCUUUUAAGAGACACCUAGAACCGAAUAUUUCCACUUCCUUACCCACCUGGCACCACCGUCAUUACUCCCACUGACCUCCACUACCAGUCUACCACCACCACCACACUCUGCUUCAUCACCACCACUCUCCACUUCCAUUUCUCUGUCCAUAAUCUCUAAAGAAAGAUAAUCCCUAAUUUUUAGAUCCGCAUUUAUCCCAUUUGCCGCUACAUUGCAAGUGUUACAGUCCGCAAUGGACCGACGAAGUUGGCCAUGGAAGAAAAAAUCAUCGGACAAGGCAGAUAAAAAUGCUGCAGCAACAGAUUCUGGUGGUGGUAAUGUGGCUUCAAGUGGAUCACAUGCAGAUAAGGAUAACUACAAAAAGCCCAAUUAUGUUCAAAUUUCGGUGGAAUCAUACACUCAUCUGACUGGUUUGGAGGAUCAAGUGAAGACAUAUGAGCAACAAGUUCAGACUUUGGAGGAUGAAAUUAAGGAAUUGAAUGAAAAGCUGUCUGCAGCAAAUUUAGAGAUGACUACAAAGGAAAACCUAGUGAAACAGCAUGCUAAAGUUGCUGAGGAAGCUGUUUCAGGUUGGGAAAAGGCUGAAGCAGAAGCUUUGGCACUGAAAAAUCAUCUAGAAUCAGUCACACUUUCGAAGCUCACUGCUGAAGACCGGGCAUCACAUUUGGAUGGUGCACUUAAAGAGUGCAUGAGGCAAAUACGAAACCUGAAGGAAGAACAUGAGCAGAAAUUGCAAGAUGUUAUUCUCUCAAAGACCAAGCAAUGGGACAAAAUUAGGCUCGAAUUUGAAUCAAGAAUAGUUAAUUUAGACCAAGAACUCCUUAGGUCUGCAGCUGAAAAUGAUGCUCUUUCGAGGUCACUGCAAGAGCGUUCGAACAUGAUAAUCAAAAUAAGUGAAGAAAAAUCACAAGCUGAGACUGACAUUGAACUUCUGAAGAGCAAUAUUGAAUCAUGUGAAAGGGAAAUAAAUUCACUUAAGUAUGAACUCCACAUAGUUUCCAAGGAGCUAGAGAUCCGUAAUGAGGAAAAGAACAUGAGCAUGAGAUCUGCAGAAGUGGCAAACAAGCAACAAAUGGAGGGCGUGAAAAAAAUAGCUAAGUUGGAAGCAGAGUGCCAAAGAUUACGGGGGCUUGUACGGAAGAAGUUGCCUGGUCCUGCUGCACUUGCCCAAAUGAAGCUAGAGGUUGAGAAUUUAGGCCGAGAUUAUGGAGAUUCUCGACUGAGGAGGUCACCUGUUAAGCCUCCUAGUCCACAUCUAUCUUCUGUGUCUGAAUUUUCACUUGACAACGCUCAAAAAUUCCAUAAGGAGAAUGAAUUUCUCACUGAGCGUUUAUUUGCCAUGGAAGAAGAAACGAAGAUGCUGAAAGAAGCUUUAGCAAAGCGUAAUAGUGAACUUCAGGCAUCGAGAAAUCUGUGUGCCAAGACAGCUAGUAGGCUUCAAAGUUUGGAAGUACAACUUCAAGUCAACAAUCAACAGAAAAGUUCACCAAAAUCUAAAUCUAUGGUUCAGGUUCCUACUGAAGGUUACUCUAGUCAAAAUAUGAGCAAUCCACCUAGCUUGACCUCCAUGUCUGAAGAUGGACAUGAUGAUGACCAAAGUUGUGCUGACUCUUGGGCAACGUCAUUGAUGUCUGAUCUCUCUCAAUUUAAGAAGGAAAAGAGCGGUGAAAAGCCAAAUAAGACCAAAAAUGCUAAGCACUUGGAUCUUAUGGAUGAUUUCCUGGAGAUGGAGAAGUUGGCUUGCUUAAAUGCGGAUGCUGCCAUCACAAUUUCAGAUUCUCCAGACAAAAAGACAUCUGAAAUUGUGAAUGGUGAUCCUUCAGUAGAGAUCUCUUCCGUCAAGGAUACUCUGUCUGAAGGACAGCCUGUUUUGGAUCCAUUGGUGAAUCAUGUAUCUUCUAAUAUGGAUUUUUCAGCAGUGGAUUCUGGAUCUAAAGCAGACCAGCCACCAUUGAUGAAACUUCAAUCGAGUAUUUCUAUGUUACUUGGGUCUGUAUCUAACGAUGCUGACGUGGGGAAAAUUCUAGACGAUGUUAAACGUGUUGUGCAGGAUGCACGUGAUGCUUUUCAUCAGCAGUCUGUAAGUUGUGUUUCUGAGGAAGUGAUUAUUCCUGGUGAUGCCACAUGCAGAGGACAGACUUGUCCUGAGGAUCCCACCUUAACGGCAGAGAAGGAAAUCACUUUGUCGCAAGAUAUUCAGGCCACUACAGAACCUGUGUCCUCAGUGAGCCAGGAGUUAGUCACUGCCAUUUCUAUUAUUCAUGAUUUUGUGUUGUUCCUGGGCAAAGAAGCAAUGGCAGUUCAUGAUGCAUCUUCUGAUGGUGAUGGUCUGAGUCAAAAAAUAAGGGAAUUUUCAGUUACCAGUAAUACAGUAUUAAAUGGCAAUACGAGUUUGGUUGAUUUUGUUUUUGAGCUUUCUCACGUAUUAGCUAAAGCCAGUGAGCUUAGAUUUAAUGUCCUGGGUUACAAAGGUGCCGAAGGAGAAAUCAAUAGUCCUGAUUGCAUAGACAAGGUUGCCUUACCGGAGAAUAAGGUUCUUCAAAGGGAAUCAUCGGGGGAAAGAUAUCAAAAUGGUUGUGCCCACAUUUCUAGUCUUACUACUAACCCUGAGGUCCCCGAUGAUGGGAAUUUGGUAUCAGGAUUAUGCAAAGUCUCACUGGAGGAAUUUGAAGAAUUGAAAUCAGAGAAAGACAACAUGGCUGUGGAUCUUGCUAGAUGCAAUGAAAACCUAGAAAUGACAAAGUCUCAGUUACAUGAAACUGAGCAGCUUCUAGCUGAAGUUAAAUCACAAUUGGCUUCUGCACAGAAGUCAAACAGCUUGGCUGAUACACAGCUGAAAUGUAUGGCAGAGUCAUACAGAUCACUUGAAGCUCGUGCAGAGGAGUUAGAAACUGAGGUUAAUCUUCUGCGAGCAAAAGCAGAAACUCUGGAAAAUGAGCUUCAAGAUGAAAAGCAAUAUCGUUUGGAUGCUUUGACCAGAUGCAAGGAGUUAGAAGAGCAAGUGCAAAUGAAAGAGAGCUGUUCCGUUUGUUCUUCAGCUGCUGAUGCUGACCUCAAGACCAAACAAGAGAGAGAACUAGUAUCUGCAGCUGAAAAGCUAGCAGAGUGCCAGGAGACCAUAUUUCUUCUUGGAAAGCAGUUGAAAGCUUUGCGUCCUCAAACAGAGGUCAUAGUAUCUCCAUACAGUGAGAGGAGUCAAAGGGGUGAGGGAUUUGGUGAAGAAGAGCCUACUACUAGUGGCAUGAACUUGCAGGACUUGGAUCAGGCUGAGAUAGAUGUUACUGUUUCAACAAACCUACACAGAACAGGUGGUGAAUCCCCCGUGGAUUUGUACAACCAACCAUGUAGUCCGUCGGACACAGAAGCGAGCCUCUCAAGAUCACCAAUCAAUUCAAAGCAACCAAAACACAGGUCUACCAAGUCAGCUUCCUCUUUUGUUCAGACACCAGAGAAACAUCCACGAGGUUUUAGCAGGUUCUUUUCCUCGAAAGGAAGGACUGGUAAUUAGAAUUGCUUGCAGUUGGCAGGCAUAAUAAAGUUGUGGUUGGAAGAAGUUCACAAGUAAUAAUCCAAAGCACAUAAAAGAAAAAAAUGGAGUACUUUACCAUCAUUGGUGCUAGAAGAAUCAGCUGGAUUCAUUGUUGCGAAAGUGAUGCUUUGAACGCCAUGUAAUUUUUGUAACUGACGACUGUAUAUGUAUCCAUAUCUCUCUCUCUCUCAUUUGUCUUGUGUAAUUUCUUGACUUGACAUCGGUUUCUGGACUGUUACAAUGUGUUAAUGUAAUUUCGUAUGUGGGUGGCAGUGGCAGUUUUUAUA